AUGGACUUCCCCCCUGCUGGACGUGGUGGCUGCUUCAACUGCGGCGAGGCCUCCCACCAGGCCAAGGACUGCCCUAAGAAGGGAAACCCUACCUGCUACAACUGCAACGGCCAAGGUCACUUGAGCCGUGAAUGCCAGGAACCUGCCAAGGAGAAGACGUGCUACCGUUGCGGCCAGACCGGACACCUUUCUCGCGAAUGCCCCCAGGGUGGCGACAGCAACUACAGCGGUGGUGGUUCCCAGGAGUGUUACAAGUGCGGACAAGUCGGCCACAUUGCGCGCAACUGCUCUCAGGGUGGUAACUACGGCGGUGGUUACAGCGCUGGCGGAUACGGUGGUGGUUUCGGUGGCCCUGGUGGUGCCGGUGGUCGUCAACAGACCUGCUACUCCUGCGGUGGCUUCGGCCACAUGGCCCGUGACUGCACUCAGGGUCAGAAGUGCUACAACUGCGGCGAAGUCGGUCACGUCUCUCGCGACUGCCCCACCGAGGCCAAGGGUGAGCGCAUGUGCUACAAGUGCAAGCAGCCCGGUCACGUUCAGUCCGCUUGCCCUAACUAA